AUGAUGGCUCGACAUGGCUCGACUCAGCGCUGCGUCGGAUCAAUGGGCCACGAUGCCGCGGCGGAAGGCGAAAGAUCUGGUGCGAUAUGCUGGAUCCUUGAAGCUUGGGUGACCGCGGUGCUCCGGAAGGUGACUGCGGACAGCAGCGAAAUCCACCUGGACCCGGGCAGUGCUCCUCUGCUCCCCGUGGGCCCCGUGGGCGUGGACCCGGUGGCCACUGCGGAGCUGCCGUCGGCGGUGCCGCUAGCGAAGCAGGCCUUGCCGCCAGGUGUGCCCUUAGAGAUCCUGGACGAUUUGGCAGUUGAGUUUAGCCUUGGAGGUUCGCCCCUAGAGGCCUUCUCCCUGACCCUGCCCGGUGGCCUGCCUUUGACCUUGGAGGCCCUUGAGAACCGACAAGUGAUCAACAGCCACCUUUACUACGGACAAGUCGUGAGAUGGAAUGGCAUGAAGCGAUGGGGUUUGAUUCGUGCAGAGGCUGCGGGACUGCCACCUUUUGUGCAGGCCAAGUUGAUGCAGCAGGCCGCAGCGAGUCGCAGCCACGAGGAUGUGGAGCCGCAUCCGCAUCCGGAGGAACUCCUCUACGACUCAGGAGUGCCACCCAAAAAAAACCGCAUGAAACAGUUUCAAGACAGGGAGAGUCAUGUUCAAUAUUUAUGCCCCUUGGCGCAUGGUGAGAUGGUGCAGAGAAACUCCUCACCUCCAGCGGAUCGAUGGAUUGAUGGCCUAAGGUUGAUUCAGAUUUCGGAGAUCGUGACAAGUGAUCAACGUGGGAGAUUGUCCCGAAUGGUUCAAGCUGAUGAGUUUGAUGAGGUCAGUGGGGAUCACGGCUAUGUCAGCUUCAGGACAGGGCAACCCGGAGGCGGAGAGUCUCUCCGAAAGUAG